AUGUUUGAGUUUUUGAAUUACCACACCUCGUGGACAAACUUGGAGACACUGAUGCUUUAUGGGUUGAAUGGAAAUGGAGCAUUGGAGCCUAGCAUCUCCCUGCGCAUGUUCAAUCUUCUUCCUUCAUUGCGUAACCUCUGCAUUACCUCCUUCAACAAAGACUCCUUUGAUGAUAGCACAUUGAUGUGUCUGCCACCGUUGGAGUCAUUAAGAUUGGAGAACCUGCCAGGGAUUACAGACGCUGGCCUUUCGCAGUACACGUCACGAUCCGAAUCACAUACUCUCAAGACGCUCGUCUUGAUCGAGCAGAAUGUCGAGUCGCUACUAGUCAUUUCUAAAAUCCUUGCGUCACUACGACGACUUGAACGGUUCAAGAUAGCCCAGACUGAAAAGUGCCCAACUUUACCGGAUGAGCAUAUGAUCUUCCAGCCUAUCCUGGCCUCAUCAUCUCUAAAAUAUCUCCACUGGGAUGUGGCAUGCCCAAACCCAGACGCAGCCCUCACCCAGCUCGAUACCCUCCCCUUCCAGAAACCAACACACCACUCUAACACCCCCAACUCUCAUCUUGCCCAAAGCAUCCUUUCCGCUGGUUUCCCUCAAUUGGAAGCUCUCCGAGCACCCUCCGAUGUAGAGCCCCCAGGUGCGCUCCAGGCUGUCUGCCGACCUGUAUUAAAGGGUCAAGCUCUGCUCCGACCAGACCGGUACAGUUUGCCUCGCAGCUCCCACGGUUCCGUGAAUACCCGACCACUCGCUCUGCCAGCGGGCAACAAUCUGACCUCAGCUCGAAUCCGUGCUCAGACGUUCAUCGACAUGGCAGCCAAGGACACCGAGGCCGGCAUGCCGGUUCUGAUCCAAGAUUACUCGGACGCGUAUGUGCCGGAUAAUGCGCAGUAUUCUCAAUUCGAGGAAGAGCCUGUUCAGGAAAUGGACGACUAUGGGAUCUGGGCUGCCUCCGAACGGUUCAGACACAAGGACAAUGACCACAACGGCCCCAAAACGGUCUACGAGUUCCGCAUGCCAACCUUGAUUGGCCGUAGUGGUUUCCGGGAUCCUGCAACGGGCGCAUCAAUCCCCCACUUCGUCCUCCGUCCUGAUAUCCCCGGCCAGGAGUUAGACGGUGGCUUGAUUGGGUGGAAGCAAGUGCUCGCCUCGAACCAGUCAUUGUCAUAUGCUGCCGGAGUAGGCGUUAAUUGCUUCGGCGGCGGAAUCCCUUCUACCCCACCCCCUGACGACCUCCUGUCGCCUGCAUCCACCAUUUCAAGGUUUGGCUGGGGGAGCUUGAGUGGGCGGUCUGUGACGUCGGUAAUGGGUACGUCUCCAACGACACCCACCACACCAAUCACACCUUUGAGUAGUGCAUUGGGCUCGGCCUUGCCUUGGGAGAAGGAUACCUGUACUGGAACCUGGAACCACAAAAUGGGCCGGGACUGGUGGUUCCAUAUGGAGCGUGAGCGUCCGAGCAAUUCAGAGCUCAUUGACAUUAAACAACUUUUUUAA